GGUUUUUCACCAAAAUCAAUUUCACCAACGGUCGACUGCACAGAAGCAGGGGAGAAGAAGAUGAUUCCAAACGACACCGGAUCGACGAAAACGGAAGUAAAGAAGAGAUCUUGGAGUGAUGUCGUUUCUGGCAAAAUGCCAAUUAGUACCUAAACUUGUAAUUUUCAACCUUUACCCUUUUCGGGCUGUCCUUUCUUUUCUUGCAAGGUUUGUCUUCUUUCUUCAAA